AGCGACAGCAGAGGGCGGGCCGGGGCUCGGGGCGGGGUGGUGGGGGAGACGGAGAUCCGGGCCCUGACUGCGGCUUCCUCGCGGUGGAGCCGCAUUUCCAGGCACCUCCGCAGCCCUAGCCCUAGCGCGCCGAGCCGUUCCCGGCCGUGCCGCCUGGAGGCGCGGAGCCCGCGGGGCGCAUCCAGCCCCGCAGCUCCCGCCCGGGCGGAGGCCGCCGGACCGCGGAGAUGCGGGGCGGGGGCAGGGCGCGGGGAUUACGGUGGGAUCAUGGCAGGGCUGGGCUCCGAUCCCUGGUGGAAGAAAACACUUUACUUGACCGGGGGAGCUUUGCUGGCCGCAGCUGCGUAUCUGCUCCACGAACUCCUGGUCAUUAGGAAACAGCAAGAGAUUGACUCCAAAGAUGCUAUUAUUUUGCAUCAGUUUGCAAGACCUAACAAUGGUGUUCCCAGUUUGUCUCCUUUCUGUUUGAAAAUGGAAACUUACUUAAGGAUGGCUGACUUACCCUACCAGAAUUAUUUUGGUGGAAAACUUUCUGCUCAAGGGAAAAUGCCUUGGAUCGAAUAUAAUCAUGAAAAAGUUUCUGGCACCGAAUUCAUAAUUGACUUUCUGGAAGAGAAACUUGGAGUGAAUUUAAACAAAAACCUUGGCCCGCAUGAAAGAGCCAUUUCCAGAGCAGUGACCAAGAUGGUGGAGGAGCACUUCUACUGGACGUUAGCUUAUUGCCAGUGGGUGGACAAUCUCAAUGAGACCCGGAAGAUGCUCUCUCUUAGUGGUGGCGGUCCCUUCAGUAACCUGCUGAGGUGGGUCGUGUGCCACAUAACGAAAGGAAUUGUGAAGCGCGAGAUGCACGGCCACGGCAUUGGCCGCUUCUCAGAGGAGGAGAUUUACAUGCUGAUGGAGAAGGACAUGCGGUCCUUGGCAGGGCUUUUGGGUGACAAGAAGUACAUCAUGGGGCCCAAGCUUUCUACUCUGGACGCCACUGUCUUUGGACACUUGGCACAGGCAAUGUGGACCUUACCUGGGACAAGACCUGAGCGGCUGAUCAAAGGUGAACUGAUCAACCUGGCCAUGUACUGUGAGAGGAUAAGGAGGAAAUUCUGGCCCGAGUGGCACCACGAUGACGACAACACCAUCUACGAGUCUGAGGAGAGCAGCGAAGGCAGCAAAACCCACACGCCCUUGCUGGAUUUCAGCUUUUACUCAAGGACAGAGACCUUUGAAGAUGAGGGAGCAGAGAACAGUUUUUCCAGAACCCCAGACACGGAUUUCACUGGACACUCGCUCUUUGAUUCCGACGUGGACAUGGAUGACUACACAGACCACGAACAGUGCAAGUGAUGUUCAGCCUCGCUGACCGUCUUCUGCCCGAGCUGCCACUUCCUGGGGGGUCCAGUUUCCCAGGUAGAAAUCCAGCUCAGCUGGGAGGAGAUCCUCGUGCUUGGCACACUUCUCACAAGCUAACUGGACUAUAGCAGCCUUAUUUCUUUUUGUACAAACGAAACACAGAACCAUUAAGAUGGCUCCAUUUAAAACAGGCAAAAAAACAAACAAACAAAAAUGUCAGCAUGGUUCCUGAAAUCCAUUUUUGUUUUCAUUAGAAAACUAACAUCCUGUGGCAGAGCAGGGGCAAGAACAGGUCGUCUGUGGAUCCCGAUUCCGUAGAUCCCCUUCAGCCCGAGGGCUUAGCUGUGAGACGGACUCUCGAGCGCCCUUCCUUGCUUCACGUGGGUUCGAAGUAACCCGAGAAGUCAUCAGGAGACAUGUAGGAGACCAGGGUUCUAUGGUGGCUGCUUGUACUUUAUGUGUGUAUAUUGUAUGUUGCGAUAAUUCAAAUAAAAUCCCUAGAUAUUCAGUGAACACCUACUACGUGCAAAGCACUGUGCUAGGUGCUAAUCAGUAUAAGUUUUCUUCUCAGUCCUGCCAGUGACUAGCUGUGUGAUUUCGGGCAAGUCCCUUAAUUCUCGUGUGCCUCAUUUCCCCCACCUUAUAAGGUGGGGAUAACACUACUCUCCACCUACCUACCUCACAGGGGUGUUGUGAGGAUUCAUGGGGUAACAUUCGGCGCUUGAAACCUCUUGGAAGAGCUGCGACGUAAACACCUUUUCUUCUCGGUUGUGCUUCCGACGUGCGGAGAUGCAAAGGAUCCACGUCCGGCCAGCAGCAGCCGCCGUCACUCGCCAGAGCCGAGCAGACGAAACACGCGCAGAGGCACAGCUGGGACUCGGUCCUCGUUCUUCCCUGUGAUCUUGCUUGAAUCGAACUCUUUGGCGGAGAGAACCUUGAACAUGCCCUCACAGCUCAUCAACAGCUGCAAACAGUCUUCAGUUCUGUGUGUCUGCAGAAGUCUUUCUUUCGUUGCCUGAACGCACGCUGGCGUGUUGUCCUUUGUCGACUCCCGAGCGUUAAUAACGUUGCCCGUGUUUGGUUUAUCUGAAGGGAGUAAAGCUCAGGAACAUGAUGGAUUUCACGGAAGUGGAGGGGAAAGGAUUUGGCUGAUUUUUCUAAGCAGAUGCUUGCCAGUUUGUAAUGGUUUUUUUUUUGAAAACAGACCUUGCGAGAUGUGCUGAAAUGAUGAAGUGUGAAGAGAAUCACGGCGCGGGCAUCAAAGCACUUCGUGCAGUGCACACUCUAUGCAGUUUUCCUAAUGCAACUUCUCCGGUGUUCUCAGCCAUUGCCCUGCGAGAGGAAGGCAAUGCCGGGGACAAACGUUAAUGUUUCUUAAGGAUUUCCCAUUGCCUCCCUGUGCUCCCUCUCCUUCCCCGUGGAGCACAGGGACCCUUGGGGUUACUGUGUUUGCUAAGGCCCUCUGUCUCUGAAGACAUUAUUUUUGGUGACUUACAACAUUUUCCAGUGAAAUAGGGGGUGAAAAUGCUGCGGUAAUGGUCGUGGAUUUGGGCAGGAGAGUCAGUGUUCAGAUUCACAUCUGCAACCAGAACUGCUUUGCUUCUGAUCACAGCGGGCUCACGGGGCGAUGGUUAUGCGUUGAGGGGCUCAAGAGACACUACUUUAAAGACAGCAACAUGUGCUGGGACAUGUUCAUGUUCUUUGCUUGACAAAGACUCUUUGAAUAUGGCUUUUGCAAAAAACAUCCUAAAAUGCUGUGGAUUCCACUGAGAGGUAAAGAGGGAGAGUUGCUGAGGCUGUUUACCAUUGAAGCAACCGUGUAGGAGAUGCCCUGAGUUGGACAUUCUUACUGCACAGGAAACCUGGUUGUUAGUAUCUUAUUAAAACCAUUCAUCUUGGAGAGGACUGUUUGGUGCCUAAUGAAAAUGUGGUGCAGAAGCUAUGAAUGGAGGAUCGUGUUUCAUCUCCAGGGUCACUUGGGAGGACUGUCCGCUUCUGUCUCUAAUGAGUGUGUUCCAAGGCCAGCCGGUGGUAGUUCCGUGUGACUAGGGAAACUUUGGGCUUGGAAAUGCAAAUUCGACAAACAGAUGGACUGUUGACCCAUCCAUGCAAGGACCGAGUUGCCUUGUCCCCACUCUUAGCUGGAGAGAGUUGUGUUUGGAAUUUUGCCUAUGAUUUAUUCUUACUUUAUAGCACCAGGUGUGUUGUAUCUUUACUUCAAGAAUGAUUAAGCUAUGAUUGUGUAGAGUUGCAUUUUUUUUUUUUUAAUUGUGCAUUGCUUGGAGAGACAUGGAGAGACAAUGUUCAUUGUCAUUCUAUCCGGGUGCCUCUCAGGGGCUUGAAUGGACGUUACCACUUGGAGUCUUGGGUACCAGCCUGACAGCUCAUGACUGGGUAGCCAAACAUUUUGUAGGUGUAACUUAAUUUGGAACCCUGGAAUUAUAUCCCCAGGUUUGACCUUUCCAAUGUGGGUUAUGGAAACAAAAUAACCAAGACAGACUCGGUGUGGUUUGGAUGACCUGGGUAGGCUUUAUUGGGAGGGCUUUAAUUUUAUCUUUUUAAUUUUGAUUUUAUUUUUCAUUCCUAAGCUCCCCAGAUCUGAAGUGUUCUCCAAUAUGGUGAACAGGUGCUACUUACAAGAAAAAAAUAACAAGAAAUUAGGGGACAUUUUGGUUAUCUGGCUUACUUGUUCAAGUUGUGUUUUUGUUUUUUUUUUUUUACUGGAAAGUAACUUAAGGAAAGUGUGAUCUUCAAUGUUAACAGACGUUCUAGGUUGGGCAGAAGACCCACGCUAGCCACCUGUUCUUUUUUUAUCCCAAUAAAUUUCUCCCCUCUCUCCCUCUCCCUUUGCCCCUCAUCCCCACUCAUCAGGAUUGAGGAGCAGCAACAGUAUCUGCAUAUGUCAGAGUAGAUAUAAGGACAACAUAAAUUUAUGCAGAGGUAAACCGUAUCUUCAGAGUUUGCCAUUUUGUUGUUGUAAUGUAACGAAUUGUGAACAGUGAUGCUCCUGAGGCCAAGGGCUACCCAGGUGACUGAUUAUAGACUUAGAGCAACUUGGACUUGAAUCACAACUACAGUCUGACGCUCCAGUGAACCCUGCCUGUGUAUGCUGUGGUAUUAGGUAUUGGGAUAGGAUUCCUGAAGUAGUGUUCAAGGAAAGGAAGAGCUAGGGAUUUUAGCUUCAUGGGUCUUGUCUAGAUUAUUUGAGAGAAAGUGUAGAAUUAAGCAGUGUAUGGCUGGGCCAUGGGUUGGUUGUAGGAAGCCCCUUACAAGAGACCCUUUGAGGUUGUUAUUGGCCCCGCAUCACACGUGUGUUCAUUUGCAGGGCAGGAUCCGAACCGAAGUCUUUCGUCUGGCCUUAGAUGGUUCUUGCCAUGGCACCAUUUUGACUUGGUUUCCUUUGAAAACCCACGUCCCCUGAGAAAUUGCUCUGUUCCCAUGGAGCCAGCUUGUCCCCAGUCUCUCUCCAAGAGUGCUUAGAGUCUUCCGCUCUUGUCCUCCAUGUCCAUUCAGUCCGGUCCAGGCCAACCUAAGCGAUCUUUCGUUAGGGUUUACUCUGCAAGGUACUGCUAGGCUGUGUGAAUGAUAGCAAGUAGCCAAGACUCCUUAUUCUUUGUUAUUUAUCUUUUAAGAAUGCAUGCCCAUAUGCUCCCUCACUGUGUGUUUACUGAGCACCUACCCUGGGCCUGGCCCUGGGAUCCACCCUGGCUAUGGAGUGGGGAACAGAACAGACAUGGCACCCUCAUGUUAGGUCAUCCUCUUUUCCUUAGACUUCUGUGGUAGCCUCUUUUAAAUGCUUGGUCACUUCCCUGAUCCGUUCUACCCAUCACCACUAAUUUUUUUAAAAAGCUCUGGCCCUGAGGGUGUGCCAUAUUGCCUCAGGGUAAGGGCCGCUCCCUGGGGCCUGGUAUCCUCCCCUCUUCCUUCUUCUCCUUCCCUGGGGUGUCUCUCACGGCUCCUCCAUGUGAGCCAUUCAGUGCAUCCAGGUUGGAUUGGUUGCCAUUGCCUAGACAUACCUCAUUUCCCCCCUCUGCCUCUGCUUAUGCUAGCCUCUCUCCUGAAACGCCUGCCCUUUCUGUCCGCUGGCCCAACUCAUGCCCACCUCUUAAGGCCCAGCUUCCUCCAUUCUGCAAGAAGACUUCUUAGCUCAUUAUAAUCUCCCCUCCCUCUAGAAACACAGCUUUCAUCAUCAUCUCCUUCCCUGAUGGCUGCAUGGGAAAGGUCUACCCAAAAGCAGGCCACGUGCUAAAAAGCAGUGGUUUUAAAUUGACCUCGGAGAUGCCACUGAGAAUCCUAUAAAAGCCCUCUGCCUUUUUACCAGAAAAAUACAUAUAUGAAAAUACACAAAAUUUUACCCAGAAGUGCAGAUUUAGAGACCUGAAAUCAUCCACGGAUUCCUGAGGCGCUCACGGACCCCAGUUGAAGAAACCUUCUGUAUAAAAAGAGCGUUUAAAAGUUCCCAUGAUUAGUGUUCAUUCUUUUCUUGCCUUUGACCUAUUCAGAGAGGAGAAAAAUUGGUAUGGGACAUGCAUGCAAGAGAAUUUCUUACUAUCCAUGCCGUGUGUGUUGAGUGACAGGGAAGGAAGGGAGAAGAGGUGUCUUGCAUUCAUUGAGAAAAUAGCUUUGUUUUGACAGAUUUGGCAUUCUGAAACUGACAAGGCUUUAUUGUUAUUGUUUUUGUCAGUUAUCCUUAAACCAUCUAAAAAGUUGGUUUAUCCGAAUGAAUUCAGGGCCCUGUGAGCUUCCUCUCAGCUCUCGAGCCCACCACUUCUGCAUGGGUAGGCUGACCCGCAGGGGGGGCGGCGUCAGGUAGGAGAGAAGAGGCUGGAUUGUUCCUUAUAGGAAAAGGUCUGCACAAGCACAUUUUCCUGUAUUCAUCCGUCCAUCCAUCCAUCCAUUCAUUCAUAGGAUAAUUGUUGAGUGUAUAUUCAAUAAAAGGAUGGUGCCUUUGUUGAUAGAUAACUACUCAGGUUCUUCUGUGUCGCUGUUGUCGUCUUUUUCUUUUUUUACAGGGUGAAGGGAUUUUUAUUGCUCCUAUCAUCCAAGAUUCGUUGCUCUUCCAUAUGUGCAGGGCUGUGUAAGUUGAACAAGAACCGAUGAAAGUACAUUUGAGGACAAAUACUUCCAAGUCUGAACGCUGAACUCCGGCAACCCAUCCUUAAUAAGUUCAGCCAUCCAUUAUGUAUGAUUGUGGAGUGCUUGACCUUUAUUCAGUUGCUUCCAGUGGUCUGGAUGAAGCUUGGCAAAGUUUGAGAGGAUCCCCUUGGUGGGUGGGACUGGAGGUCCCGCUUGCCUGGAGCGCUCUCGCCAGUGACGGGAGUAAAUGCAAACACAUCGUGAAUGUUUUCUUCCUUGGAAUUCCUUACCAGAAACUUGGGUUUUUAGUCCCUGACUUGACAGAAUGUCUGAAAAUUAUUUAAGGUUCCUUAACCUUCAGGAUAAGAUAACUGGAAUGAGUAAUGUAUCAACCUUGGUCUUGAGCGACAGUUACAGAGGAAAUUGAAAAAUCGCUUAAAGGAAAGUGACUCAGCUCUCUUGGGGCUGACAAUGUGACCCCCUCAAGCAUUCUGGCUCUUGCUAAGGUGGGGAACUUGUCCCCAGAACAAGGCUUUCUGAAACUUCUGUUGCUGGCUAGAUUAUGACGAGGAGGGAUGCUCAAAUUUCAAGAAGAUUAUUGCCCCAGAUUGUAAAACUUUUAGAUAAAUGGAGGGGCCCAUUGCAAUAAUGAACUAACUUAUGAAUGUGGUCUAGUCAGCACCAACACUCGUGAUCAUUUUAGUGGGAGAAACAAGUUACCUAGAAUAAGAGAUUGGUAGAGACUUUAGUGUUCUUAUGUAAUUAAAUAAUGUCAGCAAUGAACUUGAUGGCCUUCUUGGAUUUUUAAAAAUUGUUGUUCCUGACUGCAGCUUUAAAUAUUUUGAAGCAAUCCACUAAUAGCAGAGCAAUAUAUAUUUAUGAUAAUGGCUAAUUUUGUAAAAAGUAGUAUUGCUAAAUAUGACUAAUUCCCCUUUCCCCCGCCCCUACCCUUGCAAGCACACUUAUUAUUAUUAUUAUUAUUAUUAUUUUUUUUUACUUUGUGGUUGAAAUAGAGCAACUCAUUUAUCAAUGAUAGUUAAACCUUUUCCUUUCUUUAGUGCUUUCUAAAAAUUACCUAUGGCUUUAAAAACAAUAGGAUUCAGCUCCUGAAUUGCCAUGUUAAUUAGCUGUGGCUAAACAGAUAGCAGAGAGAAUGCAGUUGUUCAGUGGGGGGCUAGGAAGGAGAAAUGCUUUGGAUAUUCACCAUCUCCCUCCUCUUAAACAAAACAGAACAGAAGAGCAAUGUAGACUCUUCCCUCUAACAGUUGUUCAGAACUGGAAGCGUUGUGCCCUGUUUGCUUCUCUCUCUCGAUAAGAGAUCCCAUUUGGCUUAUUCGUACACAACCCAUGUCCAGAUGAUUGUAUUUUUACUUUAAGCAAAUCGUAUCUGAAUUCUCUUGCAGCAAUAAGAUUAAAAACAGUGCUCAAAUUUUUGAGGAAUCUCUGCUUCCGCCGGGGUGACAUGUUUUGUUCCUCCUGUCAAAACGAUUACCUCAAGUAAUCCGUCUCACGGGAUCAUGCUUCUUGUAAACAUGUGUUUUCCCCAGAGAUGUGCAUCCCGCGGAGUGUCGAAGACUCACACGGCAGUGAUGGCGGUCAUGGUGGGGAGGAUGAGGGUCCGAAUUCUUCACUAGGUGGUAUUAGGAUUUCGCGGAGUGGGAGGAGAGGAGGAAAGGGUGACAGAUGCGACGGCUUCAGGCAGCCAUGUGGCAUGGCUGUGUUAGAAUGUGUCAGGCACAUCAAAAGUUGUCUCAGUGGUGGCGUUAGUGCCACAGUACAAAAUCCAGGCUCAUAUAUCGAAAACACAAGCAAUUUGUAGGGAAGGAUUGUUUGUGGGUAUACAAAAGACUACAAAAGAUGGUGCAGGGAGCACUGAAGUAGCAUUGAUCUUUGUCUUAAUUUAUACGCUCAAGCUCCGGGAUUGUCCCACCUGAAGCCAAGUCUGGGAAGUUGGGGGACAGCUAAGAGCAGAGAGCUGGCCCCCACCCCGUUCCUUUGACUCUGGAACUUCCUUCUAGUUUCUCAAAAGGGUUUGUGGCAUAUGGUUUCCAUUUUAUAAAUAAAAAAUGUACAAAGUAAUGUAUAUUUGUUUUAUAGAUGUAUUUUAGAGGGAGACACCCCAAAUCAUCUGCAUUGAGGUAGCGGUCUCAAACCUUUGUGCUCAUUCACCCCACAGUAAAACUUUCUGAACUUGCCCUUUGGUAUAUUUAUUUGUAGACACACACACACACUGCUCACACUGCUGUACUGAUACAUACAUUAAAAACCAUGGCAAACAUAGAACGUUGGAAAGACUAUUCUCCUGUACUCAAUAGAGUUUAGGGAGCAGGGCAAGGUGUAUUUAGGGCUAGCACCUAGAAGGCUGCAAUUGAUUAAGGAAUGUGUGUGUAACAUAUGUGGAAAAGCGUAUGUAAAAUAGGCAUGAUCGUAGGUCAAGGAAUGGAUGUAUGUGUGUAUUUAUUUUUACUGAAAAUGGGCAUUUUUGGUUGGGGAAGAGAAUAGCAAAGAGCUAUUUUUAAUUCUGGUUUUGGGACCACUUGAUCUAGAAUGUUUCGAAAAUUUCUGGAAGAUUUCACAGUCCAUGGAUUUAAGCAAAAUAAGAAAAGAAAAGAGGGGAAGAAAAACAAAUUAUGCAAAUGUGGGAUGUAUUGCUUGAGAAUUUCGGUACCCAUCUGAAAAGCAUGUUCCGAUAAUUCCUGGUAAUCAUUGUCUCACUGACUAUAUAUCUCUCUUCUAUUUGUUUAUAACCCCACGUCUCCAAAUGUGUAGAAGAUGCAUGGAUUUAUUUCCAGAUAUCUGAGGCAGGAAGGACUGAGGUUGGUCUCAUUCAGACCCACAUUUCAGCUGCUUGGGGGCUGAUGGGUGAACGCGGCCUAGAAGCAUUGAACCUGCACUAUCUGUUUUGCAAAUACAGUGAUGGCAUCUUGCUGAACAGGGCCUCAAUGUGGAGGUGGCAUUCCAGUGUUUCUGGACCUAUAAGUUACGUUAGCACAGUUAUUGUUAGUAGUUUAUAAAGCCAUAUUUAAACUUGUACACUUGAUUGUAAGAUAGAUUUGAAUUGUGCACUAUGUUGAUUACUGUAUAUAAAUGUGGAAAUUCUGUACAUUUGGUCUCAAUGCCGUAUGUAUUUGAUGUGUAAAUGAUAACUCGUGGUUAUGAAAUA